CCAGAGUUCAAGGAGGUGUUCUCACUCUUCAGCAAAGACGGGGAUGGCACCAUCGCCACCAAGGAGCUGGGCCCCGUCAUGCCCUCGCUGGGCCAGAACCCCGCCAAGGCCGAGCUGCAGGACAUGAUCAACGAGGUGGCCCCUUGCAACAGCACGACCAACUUCCCCGAGUUCCUCACCGCGGUGGCGAGGAAGAUGAAGGACACGGACAGUGAGGAGGAGAUCUGCGAGGCUUCCCAUGUCUUCGACAAGGACGGGAACGGGUACAUCAGCGCGGCAGAGCUGCGGCACGUGAUGGCCAGCCUGGGGGAGAAGGUGACAGACGACGAGGUGGACGAGAUGAUGCGAGAGGCCGACAUCGAUGGCGAUGGACAGGUCAACUACGAGGAGGUCGUGCAGAUGAUGACAGCAAAGUGA